AUGUCCAUCGAGGCUCGGCACACCGGCAGCAUAUUCGAUGCAGCUGGAGACAAUGACCAUGGCCUCUCACACAGCAACCAUGCCGGCGAGAGCAUCGUAGCGACAACUAGCGAGAUCCAGACUACCUCCAACAACCAUGAAAAGACCACGCAAGUGGCGUCGGAAAAGACCAUGACGGAAGUGACCGACUUUGAGAAGCAGGUUCCGACAGAUUCAACGCACCAGGUGCCCGAACAUCAAACUACCUCGAAGGAGGAAGAAGCCUUCCAUCGGACGGCGUCUACCAUAGCUCCAUCGCUUAGAUCUGUUCAUAGAGAUCCCAUGAGUCGAGUGACUACAGACGCAGAAGGAAACACCUACCCGGAAGGAGGACGGGAAGCAUGGCUUGUGGUGUUUGGCAGCUUCAUGGGUCUCCUUGGAUCGUUAGGGCUUGUCAACACCAUUGGUACAUUCCAGGCAUACAUCGAGAGCCACCAGUUGAAAGACUACGGCUCCGGUAGCAUCGGAUGGAUCUUCGGUAUGUACGCCUUCCUGACCUUCUUCUGCGGUGUGCAGAUUGGUCCUAUCUUCGAUGCACGAGGACCGCGCCUUCUUGUCUUCGCUGGAACGAUUUGUGAAAUGGCCAUGAUCGUUCUCCUUGGGUUUUGCACCAAGUAUUGGCACUUUAUGCUAGUGGUGGGUGUCCUUGGUGGAGUCGGUGCAUCCCUGAUCUUUACUCCCGCCAUUUCUGCCAUCGGCCAUUACUUCUAUGCCAGGCGAGGAGUUGCAACCGGAGUCGCAGCUACUGGUGGCUCCAUUGGGGGAAUUGCAUUCCCAUUGAUAUUGGAAGCGCUGUUCCCGAAAAUUGGUUGGGGCUGGGCUACUCGAGUGGUAGCAUUGAUCUGUUUAAUCGCCUUUGGGUUUGCGAACCUCCUCAUCAGAUCCCGAUUACCCCAGAAGCCAUUCUCCAAGGAGAACGUUUUGCCUGAUUUCCGCAUCUUCCGUGACAUGCGAUUCACUUUGACUACCGCGAGCGUCUUCUUCAUCGAAUGGGGCCUUUUCAUCCCGAUCAGUUACAUCUCCUCAUAUGCUUUGGACCACGGAUUUUCCACCAAGUUUUCUUAUCAAAUCCUGGCCAUUCUGAACGUGGGUUCGUUCUUCGGCCGAUGGCUCCCUGGAUUCUUUGCAGACUUCCUAGGCCGUUUCAAUGCCCUGAUCGCCACUGUGGCUCUGUGCUUGCUUUGCAAUGCGUGCCUUUGGCUUCCUGCCGGUGAUAGCUUGGCCUUGUUGGUCAUUUAUGCAUUGCUUUUUGGUUUCUCUAGCGGCAGCAAUAUCAGCUUGACGCCCGUCUGUGUUGGACAGUUGUGCAAGACUGAGAACUACGGUCGGUAUUACGCAACUGCCUACACCAUCGUGAGCUUUGGCACUCUCACAGGCAUACCGAUCGCUGGUGAAAUUCUGACUCGCUGCAACGGAGAGUACUGGGGCCUCAUUGCUUUCACAACCGUCUGCUACGCCAUGGGUCUGGUAUGCUGCACCGCUGUCAAGGUCAUCGAGGUCGGCUGGCGUCGCCCCUUGGCCAUCUACUAG